CGUCAUUUGUGCUGCGCGUGUUACACUUUCAUAUCUUGGGUGAGAUCUAUUCAGCAUGCGUGAUCGCGCUCUUUUUCUUUCCGCCUUGUUGGCUGGACUGCCGCAAGGGACGCUUGCCCUGGAGAUGGCAGAUGGCAUAGGCAAACUCCCAGCCCUAGGAUGGAGCUCCUGGAAUGCCUUUGGCUGCGAGAUCAACGCGGAGAAGAUCAUGACAGCAGCUGACCAGUUCAUCGAACUGGGUUUGAAGGACUUGGGAUAUGAAUACAUCAACAUCGACGACUGCUAUUCAGUCAAGACCGGCCGAGACUCGAAAACCAAGCGCAUCCAGCCCGACCUGGACAAGUUUCCUGAUGGGAUUUCCGGUGUGGCAAAGGAGAUUCACGAGAAGGGACUGAAGGUGGGAAUUUACAGCAGCGCCGGAACGGUAACCUGCGCCGGCUAUCCCGCCAGCAUAGGCCACGAGAAAAUCGACGCCGAAACAUUCGCCGAAUGGGGAAUUGACUACCUAAAAUACGACAACUGCGGCGUCCCCCUAAACUGGACGGACCCAUACACAGACUGCGUCCCCGACUCCUCGAACGCGGGCGUCUACUAUCCCAACGGCACCUGUCCGGGUCUGCCGAACCCGGCCCCGGACGGCUACGACUGGAACGGCUCGAACACCGCCAAACGGUUCCGCGCUAUGCGCGACGCGUUGCUGAAGGUUGAUCGUCCGAUUCUGUAUGCGCUGUGUGAGUGGGGCCAGGCAGAUGUUAAUAGUUGGGGGAAUAAAACGGGGCAGUCGUGGCGGGUUACGGGGGAUAUUACCGACUCCUGGUCCCGAAUCGUCGAAAUCGCCAACGAGAACUCCUUUUACAUGGAAUACGCCGAUUUCUGGGGCCACCCAGACCCAGACAUGCUAGAGGUCGGUAACGGCGAUCUAACGCUCGAGGAGAACAGGGCGCAUUUUGCGCUGUGGGCGGCGAUGAAGUCGCCUCUGAUUAUCGGGACCAGCCUCGACAAAAUCGACCCCGACCAUCUCGCGAUUCUCAAAAACAAAUACCUUCUCGCCUUCAACCAGGACCCUAUCAUCGGCCGACCCGCCUACCCCUACAAAUGGGGCUACAACGACGACCACACGUUUGACCCUGCCCAUCCGGCAGAGUAUUGGUCUGGGCCGUCGUCUACGCUGAAGGGGACGCUGGUGCUGAUGUUUAACUCGGAGGGGGAGAAGAAGACGCGGACGGCGGUUUGGAGUGAGGUUCCGGAGUUGGCGGGUGGUGAGCAGAGGGAUGAUAGACACCAAAGCGAUGUUAAGGGCAAGGGGUUCCAGGUGACUGAUGUGUGGACUGGGAAGGAUCUGGGCUGCAUUGAGGAUCAGUAUGAGGUUGAGCUGGAGAGUCAUGAUAUCGCUGCGCUGGUUGUGGAGGGUGCUUGUUGAUUUCUUUGAGAAUUGAUCUGGGCUGAUUAGGCUGUGUGGUAUGGGAGGGUAAAAUGAGU